AUGCAACUGCACGGUUGGAAGGAUGAGUAUCAGUUCCAUGAGCACGCGCGCGCAACAGACGCCAACUUCCUCGCAAACAUUGAUUUCAACAUCCCAGUGGCGACCAUCAACAACAUCCGUGAGAAUAUACGGGGAACAAAAUGGCGCUAUCACGAAAACGAGACCAAAAGCCUUUUCCGCCUUAUUGCGGAGAAGGCGGGAUCGUUCGUCAUCAAGUUCAAGGCGAUGGAACUGCUUGAUGAUCCACAGCGGUUUGGAGGUAAGUUGGUUUUUGACAUGCGUCCGUGCUACUGGUGUGAAGCGACGUUCGAUAAUUCAAACGAUCUCUAUGGACAUAUGUUGGAUUGCUCUUACAGAGAUAUCGACUGGAACGAAGAGAAGGUACGAGAGUGGUGCAGUGAGCAACAGUGGCAAAGAAGUAGAAAGUUUGAGAAAGAUGUUGCCAGACUUGAAGAGAAGGCAUCUUACUGCGAGGAGAUGGUGAAGGUGACGGAAGAUUUCCUGAGGUCAGUGCACGGUAACACGAAGCUAGACGUACAAGAAAAGAUGAACGCUGUCAUGUCGCCUGUUCGCACAACUCUUCCAAGUUGGAGAACUUGGAAAAGUGAAGGGACAGAGGAUAUUGAGUUGGAAACAAGUCUGCGUUUCUUGCGAGGAGGGCCAGAAGCGUGGAAACUGAAAUCAUUCGAUGUUCAAUUAUCCAAAGAAGACAUGGAUCGCAUUGACGCAGCGUUGGUUCGCUUCCUCGACGAAGGUGAAAAGAGUGAGCUCGUAGCUCAAAUUCAGUUGCCUUUCUCCGCGACGGUCACAAGGGAGUCACUGCAGACGUUGAGACCUAACAGUUGGUUGAAUGAUGAAGUAAUCAACUUCUUCAUGAGUAAACACAACCUAUACGUUGCUCGACACGCGAGACUCGAGCGAUUGCCUGCUCCCGUGGUGAGGUGCGCAAAUUCAUUCUUUUUCACCAAACUCAAUCGAGAGGGAUACAGCGCCGUGAAAAUGUGGAGCAGAGCGGGGCGACGGACCACGCAUGCGUGGCUCGAAUCAAAAUACGUCUUUAUUCCGAUUAACAUUCGAAACGCGCACUGGAUGUGUUCGGUUGUGGAUGUGCAGAGCAAAGUUAUAUACAUCAUUGACUCGUUCAACGAUGAGUACCACGAUGUUGGUGACAAACUUCUGGAGUGGAUUUGCGAGGAUGGUGAAGCAAAUGAAAUCUCCGUGGGCCGCAAGAGCGCUUGGAAAAUUGUUCAUAAAGUACUGCCGAAGCAAAUGAUGCAGAAGAAUGGAUCGGAUUGUGGCAUGUUUGUGCUAGCCUUUUGUCGAGACUUGUGCAUGCGCAUGAGCAUUUCACCAGGUGCGGAACCACCCGGUAUAGUUUUUACUAGCGAAUCCGUGGCCGACAAGCGUCGCCGAGCGGUCCACGAGAUACUGAAGAUGGGAAUCCAGGGCAGAAUCGAUACAACGCGACCGCACGUCGCAUGUUCGCCAAAUGAGAAGACAACGCUGCAACAAGUGGUGGAUGUCAAGUCACCUCUUGGUAAACAAUUUUACCGAGAUGGCGCAACGGAGAAAUUACCACGCGUGCGAAUCAAGCAAGGACGUAUGGAAAAACAGAUGGUCGUUUAUCAACCGUUCAUACUUGUUCUAAUGAGGCCGGCGCAAGAGCGCCUGCUGUGGAAGUAUGGCGAUCAAAGAUGCAUUCAGAUGGAUUCUACCUUCAACAUCACCAGAUCAAAGUUCAGUACUUUCACACUCAUUGCGAGGCAUCCCGAUGGAUUCUAUAUGCCUCGCGCUUUCUUCAUCACGUCAGAUGAGCGCCAGGAAACGAUUGUGUACUGCCUUCAAGUCAUUCGCGACAAAAUCAAUAAAAAGUACUCAGGAGGCACUUGGUGUCCAAGCACUUUCAUGGUAGACUGUUGUUGGGCUGAAACAAAUGCCAUUGAGCAAGUAUUCCCGAAAGCGAGAGUGUUGUGGUGCCAAUUCCAUGUGUUCCAGGCGUUCAAUCGAAACAUAACGAGUAAGCUGGCCGAGAAGCAAGGUGAAAAGGCUUCCAUAGCCAUCUCGCCGAAAGAGCGUGGACAGAUAAAGAAAAUACUUUGGAAGCUGGUGAAGGAAACAUUUCAGGAUGACGAUGCCUGGGACAGAGCAUACACGAGCGUUUUGGAAUUAUGUGACCAUAAGCAGAAAGAAAUAGAUAAACAAUUCGGUGAUGCGGCGUGGACGACGUGGCGAUCCUUUCGAAAUUACUUGGAGACGCAAUGGGGGCGACAUAGGAAGCUGUGGGCGAGACAUUUUCGAAGCGGGUUGACGUAUGGGACGCAGGAGACAACUGGAUCAAUCGAAUCGUUUCAUGGACGUUGGAAGGCUCGCCUCCUGGCAGAUGGCAAGGGAGAUAUCCGAUCUCGUCGCAUGGACUGGCUCAUUCAUCACUUACAGCACGAAAUCAUUCCUCGAUAUUGUGACAAGGUCUGUCAAGCCGAGACGAGCAUGGCGCCUGCGCGUGUUAGGAAGGCCAUGUUUCAUGUCGUAGACGAUGCGAAAACGAUCGAUGACUUAAAACAUGUUGAGAAGGAAACGGGCGAUGAAGGCACACGGUUCUCUGUGUCGUAUAGAGUCAAUUACUCGGGAGAAGUGCACAACGUGUCCGGUCUAGAGACUUUGGAAGACUGUGCGUUGGACAGGGAUCACACACAAGUAAAGUGCUCUUGUGCGCUCGGACGAAACGGCCAGGUUUGUGCUCCGAAAAUGAAAGCGAUGCUCAUGGAGAACGAGCUUUGGACGUUCAAGGCAUUGAACAUUCAAUGCAAACCUGAUGUUGUUGAGAGAACUGAGUUUGAUGUAGACGUGCCUAUGAUACAAGAUGAUGUUGAAGCCUUCCAACCGACUCAUCGGAGAAGCCUUGGAGCAGCUUUCGACAACGUGAGUGUAAAGUCACGCUGCGCACAAAUCACAGCCGAUUUGACACAAGUCGCACUCGAUCCGGAGCUUACGUUGGAGCCUGAUGAAGCCGCACACAUCAUAGACACCCUCGCCAAACUUCAACGCUACAUGCACAACUUGAAGACGCACAGAGAGAUGUCCCAAAGCAUGUCCAAGAAUAGCAAGAUGGACGGCGAUGGCGUGAUCGGUAUGUCGAACCUGGUUGCAAUUCCUAUGAGAGGCGCGGCGGGUGAUACGGCGUUGAGCAGGAAGAGGGGCUGGCACGAGAAGAUGAUCGAUGAGCACAAACGCAAGGCAAGCAAAGGCGAGCAAAUUAGCAUUAGGAACUACCUCUUAUAG